AUGAUGGCGAUGCUCUAUGAUGGGUUCAAAGAAAUAUUAAAGAUUCAAAAGCUUCGCAGAGUCGUUUCUUAUACUGGUUUCUAUUGCUUUGUUGCUGUCAUGAGCUAUGCUUAUACAUCCAAUACAACCAGAGCUGGAUUUUCUAGAGGUGACCAAUUCUAUGCAGCUUAUCCUGCUGGAACUGAGCUUUUAACUGAUGCCACUAAGCUAUAUAAAGCUGCACUUGGCAAUUGCUUUGAAUCGGAGGAGUGGGGUCCAAUUGAGUACUCGAUCAUGACCAAGCACUUUGAACGCCAAGGGAAAUCGCCGUAUGCAUACCAUGCACAAUAUAUGGCACACCUCCUUUCUCACGGACAGCUUGAUGGAAGUGGGUAG